AGGGUGCUUCAUUAGCAAGGCUUGCAAUUGUAGAGAUAAAGAAAAAAGCGUAUCUGUUGUUCAACAACUGAGAACAUCCUUUGGAGGUUAUUAUUAAACCGUAUGUUAUAGAGAACUCCUUAUUGAAAAAAAAAGCUUCAAACUAUUGAGACAGUAUAUAGUUAAAGGCUGAAAAGCAACGACAAGAAAAAGAAAAAAGAAACAGCUGUGAAACAUCUGACAUUGGUACAAGUUCUGUAUCUCUGGGCUUGAGUUGCCAGUCUUGUAUAAUGGAGUUAUCAGACAGCACUUUCUCAUUCAGCACCGCUGAUGAGUUCUAUGAUGACCCCUGCUUCAACACCAGUGACAUGCACUUUUUCGAGGAUCUGGACCCAAGGUUAGUGCACGUGGGCUUGCUGAAGCCGGAUGACCAUCACCAUCACAACGAAGACGAGCACGUUCGGGCUCCUAGCGGCCACCACCAGGCAGGCAGGUGCUUGCUGUGGGCGUGCAAAGCCUGCAAACGAAAGACCACCAAUGCUGACCGGAGGAAGGCUGCUACGAUGAGGGAAAGGAGACGACUGAGCAAAGUCAAUGAUGCCUUCGAGUCACUGAAAAGGUGCACCUCUACAAACCCCAACCAGAGACUGCCAAAAGUGGAGAUCCUGCGAAACGCCAUCAGUUACAUAGAGUCUCUGCAAACUCUGCUCAGGGGGCAGGAUGACAACUACUUCCCAGUCCUGGAGCACUAUAGCGGUGACUCUGACGCUUCCAGCCCACGAUCCAACUGCUCGGAUGGAAUGAUGGAUUUCAGUGGCCCUCCUUGCAACACCAGAAGAAGAAACAAUUAUGACAGCGCUUACUUCACAGAAACACCAAAUGAUUCCAAAAAUAUUAAGAAGUCCGUCAUUUCCAGCUUGGAUUGCCUAUCCAGUAUCGUGGAAAGGAUUUCGACAGACACCUCGACGUGCGCGGUGUUGCCACUCCCAGAGAACGGAGCUGAGGGUAGCCCCUCUUCACCGCCGGAAGGAUCUAUCUUGAACGAGGCCACCAUCCCGUCUCAGACCAACUGUACCCAGCUCCCGCUAGACGCCAACCCCAUCUACCAGGUGUUAUAAAGGCGUCGUAAUCAAUGACAAAUGACUGUCGAACAAACUACUACAUUCUUCGAAUCAAAGAAUAUUCCUUUAAAGGCUGGAAAGGUUUGCGGUAAUCUUGCGAUAUAACCUACUGAACAGGGGAUGGCCGAGUUUUCCAACAAGAACAGUUUUCAGAUCCCUCAAAGGCGAAGUAUCCCACGAAUUUCUAUUACUGAAACAAACCGAAUCGAAAAUAUGUCAGCGUUUAUCACUUUCAAAUCUGUUGGUUUAUUUUGACAAUGCUGACAAAUUAGACCUUGAUUUUUCUGUAAGAAAUACCUUACAUUAUCUGCGACUAUGACUAGGAUACCGUUUUUUUUAUUGUAAAACCAUGUAUUAUUUAUAAAAAUUAUAUUCAUCUUUUUAUCUUUAAUUGUUCAGGUAACAUCAUUUAAGCGACAUUGAUCUUACAGUAACAAAAUACUGUUCAAUAUGCAAAAUACAAAAAAAGAAACGACGUGUUAUGUUUUCAAAUAUUAAUUUUACAUAUUUAAGUGGCUUAUUUAAUGACCAUUGCUAUUUUGUAGGACAAAAUGUAAACAUUAUCUGAACCAUCUCCACUGCUUAUUUCCUGGAAAAACAAAAUCCAACCCAAAAUGAUCCUGAAAUUUGUGGACCACUUUUGUAAUGCUCUCUUCUUGUGUAUAUUUGUAAAUAAGAGUUGCUUUGCUUAAAAAAAAAUACUUUUAAAUAUUUAAUGUUGUUUGUUUAUAGAAAUGCUGGGUUUGUUGUGCCAAAACUUUAUAUUUAUAUACAUAUUAAACUGUGUGAAUGUCAAUGAUAUUGUCAAAUCUUCUUUUAAAUAAAAUAAAAUAAUAAAAAAAAAACAUUAAGGUUAUUU